CUUUUGUAGCUACCUGGUGCUUUUCCUGCACCUUGACGCUCAGGUACGGAUUCUGUCGAAAACUUUCCCGAAAUUGUGACAUUUUUAUGAGCGGAUUUAAUACAUGGGACUUUCAUAAUGGAUUAGGAACAGAACAUUUUAAUGUAAGGUCCCAAGGACAACUUUAAACAUCGGAAGUGAGUUGCUGGACGCACCGUGUAAAAUAUCUUGGAGGCAGUCAGUCAUGUCCACCGGCAGCAGCCAGAAGUCGUCCUACGAGGAGCGCUGCGUGGACCCGGUGGAAGAACGUCUCCCGAUCCCGGAGCCCAGGACGCUGCAGAAAGCUCACCUGAAAGACGCUAACGGGAAAGAGUCGGAGACCAUCGGCUUCAUCCCCGGUUCGGCCGAGCCUGCAACUGCAACGCAAACCUGCAACCCCUGCGCCCCGCCGAGCAGCUGCAGGGACUUUGUGUGCAGCCUCCUCACCUGUGGACUGUACCGAGUCUGUCAGCGGUCCAUCUUAGCCCCGUGCAUCGGGCCCAACGAGAGCUCCCCGGAUGAACCAGAGAAGGUGAGCCUUCGAUCUUUAAAUGCAGGAGGAAACAGAGAAGAGGACAGCGGGGACUGGCUUGGAGACGUCCUUAUCGCUGGAGUAAAAGUCAACACUUCAAGAGAGUAUCUAGAUGAAGACAGAUCUCCGUCCUACGUGCCUUCAACCGUAGGUCACACACAUGCGUCCCUGCACGAGUCCAUGAGGUUUGACGACUGGGAGGACAGCGAGGAGAACGUGGACUCUCUGAUCACCAAGAAGCUGCUGGAGCUGUACUCGGAGUACCAGAUCGAGGAGUUGGCCCGGUGCACCACGGACUCUGUGUUCCUGAGGAAGAGCAAGGCCAUCAACCAGUUGAUCAACUCACUUGCGGAGGAGCACAAGAUGGGCGAGCAGGAGGCCGAGUGCAGGCUAGUGCGCGGCAUCAUCCGCAUCAGCACCAGAAAGAGCUCCAAGAGGAGGCCGAACGUCUCCCGCGUGGAGAGGACGCUGUCAGACAGCGGCAACGAGACCAUGAGGGAGAGCGACUCGUUUUCCUUCAGCAACAACAAUGACUACAAAUCAAAUCCAAACAUCCAGAUAUCAGAGCUGACUUCCUCUGACAAGUGUGCCAGAGAGAUGUGGAGGACCAACGGAGGUCGCACCUCCAGUUCUCCCACAGCCUACUCCCCCUCUCACACAGAGACUAACUCCUCAGGUGUGCCUCUCAUUCGCACCUCUGUGAGAACAUGAGUCUGCAGAUUUUAAGCUUGAAUUAUUAUUGGUCCUGCCGUUGUCCACAAGGUCACGUUACGGGACGCUGAAAGGUGACACUUCCUGCACAGGAGAGACUUUCUGAGCACAGCUUUCUGCAGGAAAAAAGAAAAUGUGAAAACACUUCUCAUUGUGUGAAGGACGUCCGUGAACUCAGGGUAGUGUGUAGAUAUUUAUGCUUGGAAAUACAAUGUUUGAAGGAUUGCCUGAUAGAGCAGGCAGAUAUCACCAGCAGCUCCUUACUGUGUCACCCUGCCAUCGUCCUUGAAGGAGUGAAACCUGACUCGUUUCGACUCGCUCUCUUCUUUUGUUCUGCAAAGACGCAUUUCAUCAUCUUCUACACGUCCUAUAUUUGAUUUUUAAACUGUGUGACUUUUAAACUGUAUUCAAUGCUCUUAAUUCAGUGGUUAUGCGUGACAUAUUUACAGUCAGUGAUUCUAGAUGAAUGAUCCUAAUUUAUGCUUUGAUAGUUUUGCCAUAUUUCAUAUUGAUGUGGCUACAGUGUGAAACAAUGAAGUAGUUAUGUUUGUUUAGGAAUGAAAAGCAGUUUUGUAAAUGGCUCAAAUCCUUUUAUUGUAAAAGUUUUGUUGUGAAAUACACUAAAAAUAAUAAUGACAACUGUAAAGAUUUCUGGGAAUUUGUAUAUAUGCAUUCUUGCAAGAGCUAAUUGUACACCGAAGUACAGAAACCAAAGAAGUUGUAAUUUUUCAGUGCGUUAUGAAUCAAACCAUGUCUUGGAUACAAUUUGCUUUGGUGUAAUUGCAAUAUACAGACCAAACCGGGUUCCUAAAUAACUUCAACAUGAUGUAUUUUUGUAAAAAUGUGGAGGUCUGUCUGCAUGACGACAUGCAACAACUUUUAAAAUGCGGUUUGCUUUCGAUCGGAGCUAAAUGCUAACCCUUUAGCCGAACCAUUAGCAUAGUCAGUCAGUAGGGACUUGGACUGGGAACUGUAGGGUUGGACUGCUACUUGGAGAGGUCCCAAUUCACUUCCUGGGCCGUGCCGUGGUGCCCUUGAGUGAGGCACUGAACACUGUACAAUAGCUGCCCACUGCUCUUAAUGCUGGGAUGGGAUAUAUUACAUUUGCUUUUAGCACUAAUCAUUGUUUUCCCCUGAGGAAGACGGGGUGAAAGCUACAGAAAAAGUUAGUGUCAAGACUUGUCCUCUUCUGUGAUGUUUAUGAUGUCCAAACAAUGUUUUCGAAAAUCAGUUUGAUGCAUUAUUGAUGGCCGUCCUGUCUGUGACUCGUAUCAUAAAAAAGGUCCUUUAAUCAGGUGUUAACUGCAGCUAGACUUCAGGUUUCAUUGUGAACAAUAACUCUAACUUAUUAUUGACAUUAUCCUGGGCUGACUCAUGAAGUGAAGGUCUGUGUUGCUUGCAGUGUUUGCUCCUGGGUGCUGAUGGGAAUUUGGCCAGCUGACUCAGUGGAAUUUAUCAGUGCUUGUUAUCAGCAUUAGCUUAUGGACCCUAUUAUAAUGUGGCAGGUAAUACUCGUCUACCGUACUCUCCAGAUUCUCUCAGUAUCUAUCCGCUUGUCUAAGCAUGAAGACUAAACUACUUAUGUGACAGAUAUAGUUUGGAUAACUUAACAACAUAGCAGGAAUUUGACUGCAGCAUCAGUGUCGUUUUAUUGAAAUGAUGUGAAACUGGUUGCUCUGGUUUUGAUCAAGAGACAUAGAUGCUAUGUCAAAGUGAUUAAUGUGUCAUAAAAACAGUCCAAUAAUUGUUGGAUUCAUACUUUGCGUGAUGUUUGCAUUCGAAUAUUCAGAAGGUUUUGCUGUAAUUGCUUGUGCUUGCGCAAAGAUUUCAUGUUUUCUGCAGAUGUGUUGUGCCUGUGUUGCCAGAAACCUAUCUUUUAACUGUAAAGACAAUAAAGUGAAUGAAGUGAAAGUAAAA